AUGGUAGCGGUGGUGGUUGUGGCCAUGGUGGUGGUGGUGAUCACCGUGGUGGUAGUGGUACUCGUCGUGCCGGUAAUUGUGGUGGUGGUCGUGGUGGUGGCUAUGGUGAUGGUCGUGAUGGCGGUGGUAGUGGUGGUGGUGUUUGCGGUGGUGAUUGUGGGAGUGGUGGUGGUUAUCAUUGUGGUUUUGGUGGUUGUUCCAGUUGUGGUGGUGGUUGUGGUGGUUAGUGUGGUGGUGGUGUCGGUGUUGCUGGUGGUUGUGGUGGUUAGUGUGGUGGUGGUUGGUGAUGGUAGUGGUGGUGGUGGUGAUUGUGGUGGUGGUGGUUGUCGUGGUGGAACGAUGGUGGUUGGGGUGGUGGUUGUGGUUGUGGUGGUGGUGGUGGUGGUGGUUGUCGUGGUGGGGGCUAUGGUGGUGGUUGUGAAUGUGGCCGUGGUGGUGAUGGUGAUUGUCGUGGUGGCAGUGGUGGUGGCCAUGGUGGUGCUGCUGGUAGUUAUGGUGGUGGUGGUGGUGAUGAUGGUGAGUGUAAUUGUGGUGAUGGUAGUUGUGGUGGUGGCAGGUGGUGAUGGUCGUCGUAGUGGUGUUGGUAGUGGUGGUCGUGGUGGGGGCCUGUGUUGUGGUGGUUAUGGUUGUGGUGGUCUUGGUGUUGCUGCUGGUUAUGGUGGUGUUGGUGGUGGCACUGGUGUUGGAGGAGGUUAUGGCGCUGGUGGUGGUUGUGGAAGUGGUGAUGGCUGUGGUGGUGUCUGUGGUGGUGGUGGUUGUGGUGAUUGUGAUGGUGGUCGUGAUUAUGGUGGUAUUCAGGGUGGUCGUGGAUGUGGUGGUGGUGGUUCUGGGUUGUGGUAG